AUGAAUUUAGAAAAGAAUAAAUAUAUGGUUAAUAAUUAUUUACAUCAAUUAUUUAAAAAUAAUGUUUUGAAAAUAGUAGUUACAGAUGGUACAACGGAAAUUGCUCGAUCGUUUCUAUACAGAAUACUCACUGAUGAUGUGUUUGGAAAAAAUCAAUGUAUUUUUGUCAGUCUUUACGAGUUAUCAACCAAGACGAUGUUUUUGGAAAGCCUUGCAAUUGAAUUAAAUUCCUUUAGUCCUAAACUUCUAAGUGGUAUCAGUUACAGCAAUAAUGCUUUUGAAUUCAAGGAUGCAGAUGUUGUAAUUUGCAUUGGUCAUUCGAGGGAAUAUAAUUUCAAAGAACCCGAAUACACAGAAUCCUUUUUUAAGGAUUAUGUUCUUAUUUCCAAAUUUUAUGGUCAAAUUAUAAAUAAAUAUGUAAAAAAGGAUGCAAGAAUUAUUGUACUAGGAAAUACUGCUGCUAUGAUUAUAUCCAAAUAUGCGAAAUCUAUCCCUAUUAAAAAUAUAACUACUUUGUCUAUGCUUAAUUUAAAUAUUGUUAAAACUCAGAUUGCCGCACGAGCAAAUUGUCUUCCAACGGAAGUGAAAAAUAUAAUAAUUUGGGGUUCGAAUGGAACAUAUUGUUUUCCAGAUUGUAGGUAUUUAUAUUUAACUAAUGGAAAACCCUUGAAAGAUUCUUUAAAAAUCUGGAUAUAUAAUGAUCUUCCACGUAUUAUUCAAAGUACCAACAAUAGAUCAUGCUUAAUUAAUUCUAUAGCUUAUGCAUUAGCAGAGCAUUGUAAAAUUUUAUGGAAUGGUACUCCAGAAAAUGAAUGGACCAGUAUGGGUGUACUGUCCGAUCUUUCUUAUUCGAUUCAAUCUGGAAUAUUUUUUUCUUUUCCUGUAAUUUGUAAGGAUAAACAAUGUGAAAUUAUAAGGGAUUUUGAAUUAGAUGAAUAUGCUAAAAAAUACAUUGUGGAUUUAAGUAGAUUGAUUUUUAGAGAAAUCCAAAUUGCUCUUGAAAUUUGUGGCUUGAUAUCACAUGAUGAUUAACUAAUGAUUUAUUAGUAUAAGGUAUAUUUUUUAUCUAGAUAUGGAUUGUAUUAUUUUAUUAUGUUCUUGUAAGUUACAUUUAUUUACAAAUAUCCUUGAAUUAUACAGAAUUGUAUCUAUAUGAAUGUAUCGUAGAUUACGAAGCCAUUAUUUGUGCAUCGUUACCGUUAUUAUAUUUUUACACACAACUUUUUCAUUAAAGUUUCUACGGAUUUUUUAUGUUUAUUUGAAAUUCUUUUCAUAUAUAUAUAUAUAAUCAAUUGAAAUAAAUCGAAAAUGAUGAAUAUGUCAAUUUUUAUAAAAAGAAAUUCGUAAAUAACAUUUCAUUUUAAGAAUAUUAAAGUCUAUUUAAAAAAUAUUUAAAAAUAAUAAAGAUUUUUAUUAUUUUUAAGAAUAAAUAUAAAAUUAACAAUUAACAAAUAAAAUUAAUUUAAUCUCAUUGAAAGAAAUAGUAGUAAGCUUAAAGAUCCAGAUACAUGAUCUGCGUUGCAGAAAUGGCUCCGCAAGCAGCGAGAGUACUAGCUACGUAUACGACCGCCGUAGUAGUUCCAGAUUUACUAACAAUUGUCCCGAGACAGCAGGAGAGUAGGAACUGGGCUAAAAACACCAUGGAAGAAACGAUUGCAACAUCUGUGCCAAGUCCACGUACUCUUCCGCUUUGAAUGGCUUCACCCUCGGUUGUCACUUCGAACUGUAGACAAAGCCAAUUAAUUUAAUUUAUGUCCGAUAUGCAUAUACAUGUUUUUUACAUUUUUUGUUAUGGCAUUUAAUAAUAUUACUAUUUUAUUAAAUUAUUCUCAUUGAUUCAUAAAACAUUUAUAAAAAAAUAGAUGAUAAUAAAAUUUAAUGUAUAUUUAUGAUAUUAUUAAUUUUUAUGAAAAUAUGUAUAUUUUUUAUGUUUUUAAAUUAUUUUUUCAUCUUUUUCUUUAAUAAUGAUUUUUUACUAAAUAUAAUUAAAAUUUAAGUUUCAAUUUUGCUUUUUUUUUUAAAUUAUUUUUUUUUUUUAUUUCUUUUCAAAUCACAAUUACAUUUCUAUAAUAAAAAUUUAAAUUCUAAGUUAUAUUUUUAUAUUUUUAUUCUAAUAAUAUUUUUUAUACAAACAAUUCUAUUUAGAUUUUUUUUUAAUUUUAAAUGGAAUUGUGAAUUAUUUAAAUUUUUUGAUUGAUUCAUUUUGAGAUAUAUUCUCAAGAUUACUUACAGUGGAUGAAGCAUGAUAAUGUGCAACUAGUAGAUACGGCAUAGUGAAUAACGUGGAGUACAUAACACCUGCGGUCCAUGAGAAUAUAAUCACUCCUGCGGGAUGUUUCGUUAAUGCCAUCAUCAUCAUUCCAGUGCUAUAGAAUAGUAAGCCGCAAAUGUAAACUCUCUGAGCUCUGUUAAAAUAAAUAACGCUUAUAUAUUUUUUAUUUAGAAAAUUAUUUUCUUUUUUAUCAAAAUAUAUAUAAUUAUAAAAAUUGUAAAGAAGCUAAAUAAAAGAUAAAAUAAAGAUUA